GUCUUAUUCAGACAAAAAAAAACUGGGGGCGGAAGAACUGCAACUGCAAGUGGAACUUGGUUUUGCCCAUCGUUCGAAGCCAACCUAAAAUUAUAAAUUGACCUUUUUAUUAUUAUUAUUAUUUUGAAGCUUAUCUAAAACAAUUUGCUCAUGCCCUCACUAUAUUUUAUCUCAAUUUGUGUUUCGAUUUUAUGUCCCCCCACAUAUGAUCAAUUCACCUCACAACAGCAUUUUCUGUAGCUUUAAAUCGUUAAAACGACUGUAUUCGCCGUCGUUUCGAUACAGCAAUGAUAGGAGAGAAGCGGUUCAACCGUUACCGUUGGAUAAUCUUUACGUCGAUCAUAGCCCUACACGUGUCGUUUCUCCUCCGGCAAGCCCAUGCGCAGCCCGUGCCGCCGUUAGCACCGGGCGCUUACGGAAUGCAGACGAAGUCUGACCCGUCGAAGGCCAUCGUCUUCGCCGUCCUCCUCAGUGCCUUCUUCUUGGUCGGAAUGCUCUCCGUCUACCUCCGCAACUGCUCGGGGCCCGAUCCCAGUUCUGGUGGCGUACACCGCCGCCGUGCCGCCGACUCGUCGAGGCGGAAUGGCCUGGAAGACGCCGUCUUGGAGAGCUUCCCGGUCUUUGCUUACUCCUCCGUCAAGGACCGGAAGAUCGGAUCCGGCGCGCUUCAAUGCGCCGUCUGUCUCAGCGAGUUCGAGGAGAAAGAGAUACUCAGGCUGAUCCCUAAAUGCAAUCACGUCUUUCACGCCGAUUGCAUCGACGCCUGGCUGUACUCUCACGCCAAUUGCCCUGUUUGCCGAGCCAAACUCGCGCCGGAAUCGGAGAAACUCGGCGAUGACGAACCUCCAGUAACCGACUCGAUCGCCGUCGAGUCAAACAAUCCGAAUAACUCGGAGGAGACCGGUAGAGUCAGAGAUCACAUCGCGAUCGACAUCGACGGCGAUCGAACAGGAGAUUCCGAGGCGAUCGACGCCGCAAUGAAACGCGAAAAGCGGCGGAGGUCGGGAAUCGGCGGAAAGUUCCCCCGGUCGAACUCGACGGGUCACUCUCUAGGACAACUCAGGGAAACCACGGAGAGAUAUACGCUGCGGUUGCCGGAGGACGUGAGGAAGCGGAUAAUGGCAGCGAGUGGCCGGAGACUAAAGCGGACGAGGAGCUACGACGGAUGUGCUUCGGCGGCGGAGGAUGGAAGCACGAGAAGAGGUCGCCGGAUCGGCGGGGAGGGGAGCGGCGGCAGAGGCAUAGGUUAUGGAGUCGGGUCGGGUGAAAGAUAUGAACGGGUCAAUUGGAGGGACCGAUGUGGAUUGUCGGUCCCAAAGAUGUGCGCCGUUAGAUCACGGAACGAUAACGGUGAAGUGAUCGUAUGGGUGCAAGCUGAUGGCCCGCUAAAAUGACGCCGUUAGUUGCCGAACUUAGCGUUUGUUACUGUUAGGGUUCAUUGAUUAUCGGUUUAAUUAAUAUAAUUUUGGUUAGAAAGCCGUUGUAAAUCAUUUCAAUUUUUCCCCCUCGUAUGUGUUUGUUGAUGUAUCCAUGUUCGUGUACUAACAACAUUAUAACUAAAAAUAAAUAAAUAUUCCAUGUUUUCGAUCAA